GAUUGUUGCCUUGGCGACGGAGAGGGGUUUGGUAGCGUUACUGUGCGGCAUGAUCUGCGCGUUGCGAGUAUGAGGAAGCAGCUGCCGAUGUGAUCUCCGACACUGUGAGAAACUGAGACAAACACCUGAACACACGAUUCCAGCCAUACUGCUAUUUUACAGGAACCGCGUGCAUGAUUACCUCCCUGGUUUAAUGGGUCCAAUCAUCGGGAUGUCGCCGGAUAAGAAAGCGGAAACGCCGAGGAUGCAGGGGGAAAGGGUGGGACUUAGGGGUUUGUGUGGGGGGGCGGGGACUCUCCCGGAGGCAGAGUGCGGUGCAGCCAGCCCAUUGGCCACCAGUCUGGACCGGGGGUCCGUUGGUUCCGGGGGCUCUGAGGACGAGGAGCUCACCAACCUCAACUGGCUCCAUGAGAACCUGCUCCAGAACUUUACCCUGGGGGGGGCCCAACCCAGUGCCAGCCCCCUCUUUGACAUUGAGGGCGACACCGGAGCCCCUCAGAACCCCCCCUCUUCAUCCUCUUCCUCCUUGUCACAGAGGGACUCGUUGAAGUCCAAGCCUCCUUUCUCAUUCUCUCUGUUGAUCUACAUGGCCAUAGAGCAGAGCCCCAGUAAGAGCCUGCCAGUGAAGGACAUCUAUGGUUGGAUCGUACAGCACUUCCCCUACUUCUCCUCGGCCCCCACCGGCUGGAAGAACAGCGUCAGACACAACCUGUCACUCAACAAGUGUUUCCGUAAGGUGGAGAGGAGCCUGGGAAAGCUGAAUGGUAAGGGUUCUCUGUGGUGUGUGGACCCAGAGUACAGGCCUAACCUGACCCAGGCCCUGAAGAAGCAGCACUUCCCUGCAGCACAUGCCUUCUGCACACCGCCUGCCUCCCCACCGCCUGCCUCCUCACCGCCUGCCUCCUCACCCCAUAGACAUCUCUUCCUGCAGGGCUGCUCUCUCAAAGAGUCUGACAUAGAUGCUGCCACUGCCAUGAUGCUCUUAAACGCCGCCCCUGGCCAUCACCAUGCCAAUCCAUGUGAUCCAGAGAGUCCCCUGGACCUGUCCCGGCCAGACUUGGUCCUGGUGAGCAGCGAUCCUAACCAGGACCACAAUUACAGCAGUAUGGCCCUGCAGCGCUGCUCCUCCCGCUCCUCCUCCUCCUCUCUCGACGAUGGAGGCCCCUCCCCCGGCCAUGCCCGCCACAGGCCCCGUACAUGCCGCGCCGGCAGUGAGGGUUUCCAUAGCGACGAGGACGACUCCGACCUCGGGGACCGGGACGAGAGAGGCGGCCGCCCCCGGCCUGCUCCUCGCCGCUCCUCCUCUUCGGUGAAGCACCCGGCGGGUAAGAGGGCCCGUAGGGAGCUGACAACUAACCCAGAGCUGGAUGAGGAGCUGAAGGAGGCGGCCGGGUCUCUGCUCCACCUGGCUGGAAUCCGUACCUCCAUGGACCUUAACAAACGCAGUGCCAAGAGCAAAAAACUGAACAGGAAAUGAGGUUGUCAUACUUUCCUGCCCUCAGACUCCUGCCCCUGUAACCCCUGACCCCUGAUCUGAUCAUGUGUCCUGAUUGGUCUUGGUUGUGCCUCCUUUUCUGGUUGCUGAUUUUUAAGCCUGUUUUUGGUUUGACACAUCCCUCACUAUCCAACACAAAUGGCAAUAGUAUCAUUGACACAGGAGAACAAAGCCAUAUUGAGACUUUUGUAACUGGGGUGUAUCAGGUGGGUGGGUCAGGGUAAAACUGGGAUGUUUGAGGACUACUGAGAAGAACCAUCACAAAACUGCUUGUUUCUGAUGGCUUCGCUGCAGAUCCUCAACUCAAAUAAUGUUUUGGGGGAUAAGACGGGAAAAGCUUAGAGUUUUUAUAACUCAAGGCGUUGCAUGCUUCCUCAACCUGUAUCCUCUUCCAAGAGAAUGUGUGCAUGUCUCUAACAAACUAACCUCUCCUCAUGUUGAAGUCAGUUUCUCCGUGCUGAAGAUGCCACUGUUUUUUGAUAGGUGACAACCUUGGUCUGGAAUAUCUUCCAAAAAGAGAUGCAAUAACUUAAACCACUUUUUAUAUAAUUUUUUACUGUUGGUAUUUUUCCUGGGUUGAUGACGGUACUGCUGUUUAAAAACAACAGAUUAAAGUAGUGCGGCUGAUCGUAAACAUCCUUACACGGAGUAGAACGCUGGACUGGGUCCAUGUCAGGAUUUAAUAGCAGGGAGUGGAAACGUAACCAAGGGAAUGUUGGAACUGCUACUGCCAUGGUGGGCAGGGGAAUAAAAUAAAGGUGUCCGACUGCUAAAUCAGGAAGAGUCCACUCUAGUCCUACUGAGAGAAACAUCAUUACAUCUAGAUCAGGAAGAGUCCACUCUAGUCCUACUGAGAGAAACAUCAUUACAUCUAGAUCAGGAAGAGUCCACUAGUCCUACUCUGAGAGAAACAUCGUUACAUCUAGAUCAGGAAGAGUCCACUCUAGUCCUACUGAGAGAAACAUCAUUACAUCUUCAUUGCAUUAUAACCUGCUCUUCCUCUGCUGGCCCCUCUAAUUCUGUCAUUAAUUAUUUGCAUUUAGUGUGUAAACUGAGAAAUUACAUUUAAUAUAUUCUAUCCUGUCUUGUCCUAUCUUAUCCUAUGCAAGGUGUAGUGUAGAUUAAUCUGGCUGAAACUAAGCAAAUGUUGUUGUAACCAUAGUGAUACUAAGACAAUGCGCUUGGCAUGAGGGCGCUCAGUUUUCAAUCAUGUAAUACUAGUCACACCUACUCGAACGUUAGUAUUCAGGCCAAAGGGAAGUUAAAACAUAGAUGUUAUAAUAAUGUUGUUGUGAGGUUAGAUGGACAAUGUUGUGAGACUUAUUGUACUACUGCCCCUCCUGAAUGUUGUUGGCUGACCCUGUGGCAGAGUUCAGACUGUGGUGACAGAAAAAGGCUUUGCUUUGUCGGAGGGCAAAAUCAGGAAGUGCACCACUCUCCUCUCCACUGUACAGUAAUGUGUUGAGGGCCAGUUGAUUACAUUGAGUUCAGUGACGGAAAGUACAGGAUGUGGAAACAGAACUUGUGAUGAGGCCAGAGUGGUGCUCUUUGGAACUUGCAUUAGUAAGCAAAAUGCCAAUAUGCCCAUAUGAUUAGAAUAGCUUUGAGUUGGUGCACUGCAGUACUGUCCUGUCAUGAGCCAACUUAAGUGCAAGUUAGGUUUCCACUUGUGUUGUAUCACAGGAAAUGUUAAAUUAAGUCACGUUAGUAAGUAUAUAUUGUAUGCAGUGCCAAACAUGAAUUUGUGUCACAGAAGUGGAACUACCAAGGCCAUUGCAGCCAUCUUCCUCUUCUCACAGCAUUUGUGACUGACAGUAAUGUUGUUGCCCCUGUUUCUUAGAAGCCUGCCAACAGGAAAUGUAGGAGAACUCUGACCUAGUCUGAUAUUCAGUUUAUUUUGGUUGUUCUGGAAUGGGAAUCGCUGUAUUCUGUGAAUGGUAAUUUUGUUCUUAGAACUAAACUGCAGUUCUCCUAAAUAAGAUGGACAUGGAAUACACUGGUCUUAACUGGCUGUGAAUAAACAAAGAACAAAUGAAUGGUGUCCAUUUAAAUUUAUAAUGGACUAUUGAAAGGAACUUCUAUCAAAUAAAGGUAAUUUGAAGUGAGUGGAAAGGUUACUUCCUCUCUCCCCUCUGGAAAAUCCUUUUGAUACUUAUUUAGUUUUAUUUUCUAAAUUAUAUUUUACUGCCAUAGACCACUAUUUUCACUGUGUUAUAGUGAUUGUGUGUCUGAGAAUGUACUGUAUAUUGCCAAUGUAUAUUGUCUUUCGAGCGGGUGUUUUUCAAUUUAACCAUGACUGCCAAGUUUUUCAAUGUUUUGUUGAUGGAUAAAAGACUAUUGAUUAACAUUGAUUCUGAACCAUUUUUUUUGCCAACUGAUGUUGUACAGAGAAGCAAAGGUAGACAUUUCAGAUGGCAUUCCCUAUCUUGAUAGGGAAAGUUGAUAUAAUCAUCAUAAAGGCGUUGAAGUUUAUCUGAAUUUGUACUGUUUGUUUAGAUAAUAUUCUGACUGCCCUAAGUAGUCACACCAUAGAUAUUAGUUGGCACCCCCUCUCCAUGUUAGGAUCCUGCCACAUAGAUGUUGCCUACACUUACUGAAACUAAACACCCACAUUUGAGGGUUGCCCUGGUGUUAGUCUUGGUACCCCCAUGGACUUGUGUUUAAACGUAGAUAGUUGAGAACAACUUCCAGUAACUUGUUCAUGCUGUUGCUAGAAGAAAGCUCUUAUCAGACUCAACAUGAAGAUGAUCCUGAGUCUCUCAGUAAGUUCAUGUUUUUUUAUACUGAACAAAAAUAAUGCAACAAGCAUUUUUACUGAGUUCGUUUAUAAGGAAAUCAGUUAAUUAAAAUAAGAGGUCCUAAUCUAUGGAUUUCACAAGGGUACAGCCAUGGGUGAGCCUGGGAGCCAGACCCAGCCAAUCCAAAUGAGUUUCUCCUCCACAAAAGGGCUUUAUUACAGACAAAUACUCCUCAGCACCUCAGACUAAUAAACACGACGCGGCACCCUAGGGGUCUGUAUCGUCACCAGUAAUGUUCACGUGACACAGUGACAGAUUAUGCUAAACUCAAAGCUACAUACAUAGGAUGCUUCAUUGUUUGAAAAUGUGUUGUAUUGAUUAUGCGUUUUUAUUUUCUCACUCAGUUGCAAUUUAUUGAUUAUGAUAAAGCGUUUUGUCGCAUUGAACUAACUAAAGCUGCCGACCCAGUAUCCAUCAGUCGUCUGCCAUGUCUGUUAGACAGACCUUUUGGUUUUUGUAUGCUAACCUGUUCAUAAAGUGUAUUUUCACCAAAGAUAUGCAAUUUGCAUUAUAUAGGGUAUUACAAAAUAAAUAAAAUCUUGUUUUAUCA